AUGCUUAGCCUGAUUCGUGAAGCCCCAGUAGGGCAACUGAUUCGCUGGCUUAGCCGGAAUCGACUGUUUCAAUACCCUGAAGAAAAGAUCGACUUCGCUCUUCCUCCUGCAUACAAGCAGGCGUUCUCCAAAUACAGCAAGUCUGAAUCACAGUCAUUGGAUAUCAACGUCCCGCCAUCUUGCAAUGAAUGUGGCCAAAGCAACUCGCCAUCUUGUCCGUCCGGAUAUCAGGGGGAACCCUCAAGUCGCCAGGAAUGGGACGCGAAGAAAAUUCACAAAGAUAUUGUUCCCAAGGAAACAGCAGACGGCAUGAUUGUUGUUGACUGGUACACGAUCGACGACCCAUCCAACCCUCAAGCUUGGACUCAAACCAAGAAGACUUUUGUUUCCUUCAUUAUCUUCAUUUAUACCUUCAUUGUCUAUACCGGCUCGGCGAUCUACACAUACUCGGAACAGGAGAUUACAGAGCUUUUCGGGGUUUCUAUCACUGCCGCCUCCCUUGGACUGUCCUUGUAUGUCCUUGGGUACGGUGUCGGUCCUCUUAUCUUCUCGCCACUAUCUGAAAUACCCUCGAUCGGCCGAUCGCCUGUAUAUUGUGUGACGAUGUUCCUUUUCGUGAUAAUUUCCAUUCCUCUUCCAAUGGUGGAAAACUUUGCUGGACUUCUCGUCCUUCGCUUCCUGCAAGGUUUCUUCGGCAGCCCCUGUCUAGCCACCGGAGGUGCUACAAUGCAAGACAUAUACUCGGCUACGUAUCUUCCAUUCGCCCUCAGUGUAUGGGUGACAGCAGCGUACUGUGGUCCUGCACUUGGUCCGCUGCUAUCUGGAUUUGCGGUGGAUAAGAUUGGUUGGCGAUGGUCCUUAUGGGAGAUAUUAUGGGGCGCCGCACCGGUCUUUGCAGUGAUGUUUCUCUUCCUCCCGGAGACAUCAACACCUACUCUGUUACGUCGCCGAGCACGGCAUCUUCGGUCACUGGUGGGAUCACAUCGCCUGAUGUCCCAAUCUGAAAUUGAUCAAAAAGAGCUUAAGCCCCUUGCUGUGGCGAUAGAGGCGGUUAUCAAACCGCUCGAGAUCUCUAUUAAGGACCCAGCUAUUCUCUUCGUACAGCUGUACACAGCUAUUGUUUAUGGGAUCUAUUACUCGUUUUUUGAAGUGUUUCCUCUGGUGUAUAUUCCCAUGUACGGUUUCACCCAGGGCACCAUUGGGCUCGUUUUCCUCUGCAUCUUCGUCGCCUGUUUACUGGGUAUUCUGGCAUACUUUGCCUACCUCCGGUUCUAUCUUAUGCCGAGGCUGGAACGUGGCCCAGCUAAACCCCAAGAGAGUCGUCUCGUUCCUGCUCUGGUCGGUUCUUUUGGACCAACAGCGGGACUGUUUCUCUUUGGUUGGACUGCAAACCCACGUAUCCAUUGGAUUGUGCCCACGAUCGGAAUUACGAUAUACAGCGGAUCUGCAUUUGUUGUCUUGCAGUCUGUGUUUGUCUAUGUUCCAAUGUCAUACCCGAAGUAUGCAGCGUCACUAUUCGCGGCCAACGACUUUUUCCGCUCAGCAAUGGCCUGUGGCUCUAUUUUGUAUGCGCAGCCGAUGUUCAUCAACUUGGGUAUCGCCCGUGGAAUAAGCCUAUUGGCUGGGCUUAGCACCCUUGGAAUUCUUGGAAUAUUCUUCCUUUAUAGAUAUGGUUCUAUGUUACGGGAAAAGUCGAAAUUUGCAGAAUCUUGA